AUGGCAACCGAACUUCGUCGUAGAGUAAUAACUUCUACAACCCCAGAAGAUAAUGGGUCACUAAUUCCACCGCAAGACUUUGGCCAUGCUUUUCACAUGAUUGAAAAUGGAGUCAGAGAGACAGUACAAUUAACAACUGCUGUUCUUCUGGAAUUUCAAGGUUCAGUGAAAAUCAUAUUGCCACUAUUAAGUACUGAACAUCAGAAAUCAUUGAUAUUAGCUGCUCGAGCUCAAACAUCAAAGGAAUUAAUGGAAUCAAUCAAUAUCAAAAUAAUAGAUGAAAUGAUUGAAACUGUCCAAGAAUUAUUAAAAAAAUUUCUCGAACUCAACCCAAUCCUCGAAGAAAAGCUAAAAGAUCAACGAGCGCUGAAACUAUGGAGAAAUAUUUUUGGUAUGAUAGCAGGUAUUGGUAUCGCUGCUUGCGGAGUCGGCCUUGGAGCUGGCUUUGUCGCUGCUUCCGGGUUUACAACAGCCUUGCAAGUAUAUUUGAUUGCAGCAGGAUCAGUAACUGUUGCAUCAUCAGCUGCAACAGGUGUAUGUCAUGUGGCACAACAUCUAUCAGAACUAGAUCUGAUUAUGAAGAAUUUGAAAGAAAUUCGCAAAGGAUUAAUACAACUUAGUCAAAACUAUCCAAAAAUGAAAGAAACGAUUUUACUAUUAUCAGAUUCAGACACAACAAAACAAGAUUUCAUUAAACUUUUGAAAGAAACACAAACAAUAGUUAAUCAAGGUUUUGAACUUCUAAAAGAAUUACAAACAUUAUUUAGUGUACGAGUGAGAAGGUAUAAUAAAAUGCUGGCAAGUAUACGUCGGUUCUUUAAAUUUAUCCAUUGGCUUUAUUUACAAUAUUUACUUAAUACAGCAUUAUAUAUGCUUGAGCCAUGGGAACGUGCACUAUUCUCGACGUUAUUAGUUGUUAUAAUAUCGACUGCUAUUUAUUCAGCAUUGGUUUUUCUUCCUCAUCAUGUUCGUUCACUGAUACAAUUUUAUUCAUAA